CCUGCCAGCGGCCCCGCCUGUCUUGGCCCUGAUCUCGCGGAGCCGCCAUGAGCCAGCAGAUCUGCAAGUUCUUCAACUCCCCGGGCGGCUGCCGGUUCGGCUCCCGCUGUCGCAACAAGCACACCAGCCCGGCCCCAAAUUCACAGGGCUUCGGCGGCGGCUCCUCCAACCGGUUUGGUGCUCUGCAGUCAACGACAACCAGCAUCAAUGGCGAGACGAUUGAUUUUGCCAAAGUCAACGAUGAGCUUUUCAACAGACAAACAUCCGACAAUCCCUCAAAAACCUGGAUCUUCAGCUGCUACGGUCCGCUGAAAGACCAACCCUCACUCCUCUCGGGCACAGACUGGAGUCCCGAAGAAGCACGCUGGGAAUACGAGGCCGAAAGACGAGCGACGGGCGGUCAAGUCUCCCAAUACCUUCAAGGAAUCGCCCAGCGGACAGCCUAUCUGGAGCAGAGCAUACAACAGAUCGUCAGCAACCCGCAACAGGCUCUCGAAGUUUUCAAGUCCCAAGUUUCGCCAGCACCCAAAGGCAGCUCGGCAUUUGGCAAGCCUCCGGGCGCCGGCGUCUUUGGCAACAACCCGUCAGGAGCGAAUGCCUUUGGGCAGAAGAGCGGCUUCGCACAGCCCUCCGUCUUUGGCCAGGCAAGCACGCCGAGCUCUGGAAGCGCCUUUGGCCAGGUAUCAGCCUUUGGCCAAGCCGGAGCCCUCGGUCAAAACAGCGCCUUUGGACAAAAGAGCGCAUUCGGUGGCGGGCUGGGAUCGACUGGUGUCUUUGGACAGAAAUCGGGACUCGGCCAAAACAGCGCCUUUGGGCAAAAAAGUGCCUUAGGCCAGACGAACGCAUUCGCUCAAGCCGGUGCGCCGAGCGUCACAAAUGCCUUUGGACAGCCAAGUGGAUUGGGACAGCCUAGCGCCUUUGGGCAAACAAGCACCUUUGGACAGACAAGCAACAUUGGCCAAGCCAGCGCAUUUGGGCAGCCCAGUGCUCUUGGUGCGGCGAAUGCGAGUGCCCCGGGCUCAGCUUUUGCAAAGACAAGUGCAUUUGGCCAAUUUGGCACUGCACCGGCCUUUGGCCAGUCCGGAAGUACGUUCGGGGCGGUGCCUGCAACGGGCACAUCUGGUCCGCCCUCCGCGUUCGGCCAGCCAUCGGGUGGUGCAUUCGGAAGCACGGCAGCACCCGCACUGCCUCGUUCCGAGGCCAUAGCUCUUCCAGCAGAGCUCACACCCGAAGCCGAAGCAGCUUUCCGCAGCAACCAGUUCCAAUUCGGUCUGAUCCCGGAAUUCGAGCCCCCACCGCAACUUCGCAGGAUCUAGGUGCCGAGAAACAGAGAGCCUUCUGGGCGUAACAACCGCAUCCAGCCACAGACCACCACAGGCACCGCUGCCUGAGCUGGAUCGGCGCGGGCUCGUCCAUUCGGUGUGCUUUUUGGCAGCGAGGGAGGCCCGUGGUCGUCCUUGACGACCACCGAAACAAGAUGAUUGCAUUCGUGGUGAUGUCAGGGACUGAAAGUAAACGUAGGGAAUGGAGCAAGCGUCGCCGAGGACGGAGCUGAAGUAAAACAGAACCGCCAUUCGUGGACCUGUCAAUAUAGUUCAUCUCAUCGAU